AUGAACAAAAGCACCUCUAAGACCUCUAACACUACCAAGUCCACCGAACAAACCGAUCACUCCCAUCUUCCUAAUCCCUUUAAUGCCCCGAAUACCACCAGCACAACCCCAAGCAAGAAGCCCCGAGAAAAGCCCUUUACGGCUAAAGACUUCAUUCAAAGCAAAUUCGGUCUUUCUCUCCUCAACCAAGCCACACCCAUCUACCACAGAAGACUAGCACAAAUUCAAGCUCAAUCCGACACUACCCCCUCUACGCAACACUACCAGCACCUAAGACUUCUCUGUAAGCUCUACACCAGCUGGAUUCAGGCCUCAGCUCUCUGUGGCAACAAACGAACUCGUGCCUACCAUCAUCUCAAAGCCGUUCAAAUAGCCGUUAAAACAACCAAAGUACCAACCACCACCGACACCAACCCCACUUCUGAUAUCACUACAAAAUCCAAAACUAGCGUAGCUAAAUCCACACCCAAGACAUAUAAGUCUACUCCAGCCAAAUCACACACGUUUAUUGAAGACUCAUCGCCGUCGAUGUCUAUGUCAUUACCCUCCGGAAUCUUUUCCAGCACACAAGAGGACCAAAGUACUUUAGAGCAGACCUUAGCAGACUUAUUUGAUUCCGAUUAA